AUUCCAAACUUUCAACUCCAACACCCUCAAUUUUUAUUUUUAUUUUUUUGAUAUAUUUGAUGUGUUCAGCAACUUAAUUUCUAACUAGAUUUUUUCUCAUCAAACUCAGAAGUGCAUUAAUAAAAAUAAAUUUUAAAAUGUUAAUACUUAUUAUUGUAAUAGGAUGUUUGCUACAUUAAAUUUAUAUAAGAAUUUCUGGCCAAAAGAUUGAUAUCAAAAUUGUAUAAAAUGGUGUUAAUUUAUAGCAAUUUUUUUUUAAAUACCUUUUUUGCAGGUUCUUUAAAAUUAGGCUGAAUGGAUGUUCUAUUAUUCUGGGUUCUAUUAUGGGCUCUUUUCUUCGUUUUCGAGGCUGGGCUUUCCUUGGCUAAUGGCUGGCUGGGCUCUUCCACUCCCUACCUCUUUUUAUUUUCUCAUCUCACAGCUCCACGUUCCAGUGCUUCGUCAUUCGCUACAUUUCCAUCCACCGUCAAGUCCUCUUGUUAGGUUGCUGCAAACCGACCUCUUCUUCGAACCCUCGUACCGGUAGCAGGCGGCUGACCUCCGACAUCAUCUCGGUUCUCGUCUCAGUUUCUUUGCAAGGUCUCUUCUUUCUUCUCCUUUGGCAGGGUAUGGCAGAUUAAUAAAUUUGAUUUGAGGAAUGAUGCACUUGAUGUUUUUAAAUAUGUGUGACUUCCCAUGAGUACAUGUAAAAGGAAGAUCAUAGGGAUGAUUUCUGGCUGGAAUUUAAGGAUGCUAUAAGAACAACCAACAAAAUGUCGUCUUUUUCAGAUGAUAAAAUCUUGUAAAGGUGGAAGCAGUUUUUCAUGAACUUGGUGGGAGUUUCUUUCUGUAAGCAGCGCUGCUUCUCCUCCUCUUCAACAUCGUCAUCUUCGCUUCCAUGGAUCUCCCCUCUUCAAUUCCUAAAAGCCAAUGCCCCAAAACCAGAUCCUCCUCCAGAAACCUCACAUACCUUUACGGAAUCUCAAAGGAAAUCAAAGUUUAUCUCUCACGAGGCUGCCAUCAACUUGAUCAAACGUGAGAGAGAUCCACAGCGGUCCUUAGAAAUAUUUAACAGGGUAUCAACACAGAAGGGCUUUAGUCAUAAUAGUGCCACCUAUGGGACCAUCCUUCAUAAGCUUGCACAGUCAAAGAAGUUUUGGGCCAUUGAUGCAAUUCUUCGACAAAUGACCUAUGAAACUUGUAAAUUUCAUGAAGGCAUAUUCCUCAAUCUCAUGAAGCAUUUUUCAAAGUUUUCUUUACAUGAUAGGGUACUUGAGAUGUUCCAUGCAAUUCAACCAAUUGUUCGUGAAAAACCCUCACUGAAAGCUAUCAGUACUUGUCUUAAUCUCCUGAUUGAAUCAAACCAGGUUGAUUUGGCCCGAGAUUUUCUUUUGAACGCCAAGAAGUCUCUCAGGUUGAGACCCAACACAUGCAUUUUUAACAUCUUGGUUAAACAUCAUUGUAAGAAUGGAGACCUUGAAUCUGCCUUUGAAGUUGUAAAGGAGAUGAAAAAGUCCAAGGUUUCUUAUCCUAAUCUGAUUACCUACUCAACCUUGAUGGGUAGUCUCUGUGAAAGUGGAAGACUUAAAGAGGCAAUUGAAUUGUUUGAGGAAAUGGUUGCUAAGGAUCAGAUAUUGCCUGAUUUUAUAACCUAUAAUAUUUUAAUUAAUGGCUUCUGUCGUGAAGGGAAAGUUGAUCAGGCCAGAAAGAUAAUGGAUUUUAUGAAGAACAAUGGAUGCAGUCCUAAUUUAUUCAAUUACUCUUCCCUAAUGAAUGGGUUUUGCAAGGAAGGAAGAUGGCAAGAGGCUAAGGAGGUUUUUAUUGAGAUGAAGAGCGUAGGUCUGAAACCUGAUACAAUUGGGUAUACUACAUUGAUUAAUUGCCUUUGUAGGGCUGCUCGAAUUGACGACGCAAUGGAAUUGCUUAAAGCAAUGAAGGAAAAGGAAUGCCAAGCUGAUGUUGUGACUAUAAAUGUAUUACUUGGGGGAUUAUGCAGAGAAACUAGGUUUGAAGAUGCAUUACAAAUGCUCGAGAAACUGCCAUAUGAGGGUGUUUACUUGAACAAAGCAAGUUACAGAAUUGUAUUGAAUUCAUUGUGCCAGAAAGAUGAAAUGGGGAAGGCAAAUAAGUUGUUGGGGCUGAUGCUGGAUAGGGGGUUUUUCCCACAUCAAGGAACUUCAAAUGAGAUGUUGAUUCGCCUUUGUAAAGCUGGAAUGGUAGAUGAUGCAGUAACGGCUUUGUUUGGAUUGGCAGAAACUGGGUUUAAACCUGAACCACAUUGUUGGGAGUUUCUGACUGAAGUGAAUUGCAGAGAAAGGAAGUUACUGUUUGUUUUUGUACUACUGGACGAGUUACUAAUAAAAGAAUCAGGACAUUAGAUCAUUUUAUUAGUUAAACUAGGCAAAACCGGAGCUGCAUCAGUGUGUAAUAAUAUUUGUUGAAUUUAUUCUUCUGAAUCAAAUUAAAUUGCCAUAAUUGCAUGCAAAACUAUCAUUUUGUUAUGCAACAAAUACUUAGUUGCUGCGCGUAACCAUUUGGGUUUUUUAUAAAAGGCGCAUGUAUUUUUCGAUUGAAGCCGA